GCUGGGCUGGCUGGGCUGGACUGAGCUGGGGUGUUGGGUGGUCUCCCAACACUUCCCCCUCCCAGCCCAAUUGUAGACAGCGCUUGUGCUUUUGCUCUCUCUCUCUCCAGCACAUCACCACAAAUAUGACUGGCACUACUUUGCUCAGAAAACCCUGGUGUAGACCGGGUGGAGCCCUCCGUACUUUAUCUCUAGCUAUGGCCGUGCGCCCUCAAAGUCAUUGUUUGUCUCGGAUACAAGCCUAUACUUCUUCGUCGUCGUUCUCAUCGUCCUCCUCUGCGUGUCAGGCGUCCUCUGCUGAACACCCGUCGUCCGUAUCCUCUCCAUCCGUAAGACAGCUUGACGCUGCUACUUCCAAGCCACAACAGCAGCCGCAGCAGCAGCCGCAGGAGCAGCUUUCCGCACAGAAAAAGCAAGCUCUCUACGAGACAUUCGGGAAAUACACAGCCGCGGGGGGCCUCGUCACCGACGAGCUGGGCUACUCGGUCGUAUCUGCGCUCCUGACGCCGCGCCCACCCGACGACGCAGAGUUCCCCAACCAGGUCCCAGACGCAGACAAAGAACUGGCUCUCCGCGUGCUGGAGUAUCUUUCCUUACAGGGGACGCCGAUUCUCGUCAUGGGGACGCUCGCGAUGCUCUACCAGGCGGCGAUGUAUUCCCCGCGGUGGCCCAACAACACAACCACAGAAAACAAGCACAACAUCCGGCCGUAUGGCAACGGCAACAACGAAACCGACGAUGGCGCACUCUCCCGUCUACCUCGCAUGAUCAACGCGAUCCACCUCCCCUACAACCCCCACGACGCGCGCAGCAUCAUGACCAUGUUCUUCCAGAACGGCGACUACGAGAAUUUCUGGCGGCUGUGGCGCCGGAUCCCGCUUCAGGGCUUGUCGCGCACCGCCGAGGACUACGUGAUGCUGUUUCGCUUGCAUGCUGAGCUGGGGAAUCGCUACCGCGCGGAACAGUGCGUGCGGACCUGGUUUCCGAUGAUGGAGAGGGAGGAGCCGCCUGUUCUUGUGGGUGAGGAGAUCGCGCUUCUGGUGGCGGAGUGUGUGUAUCUCGCUGAUCCGCGGGUCCAGGAUAAGGUCGCCGCGGGUGGGUCGGCCGAUACGUUGGUGCAGAUCUGGGAUAAAAUACUGAAAAGACCAGUCGGGCUGUCCAGUGCGAGAGAGUACCUAAAUGUGCCUUUGAUGGAGUACUUACCGAGUUUGCAGCAGGAAUUCGACGAGCUGAAGCCGUCUCUCUUCGAACUCCUCGCCGAACAACAGCUCUCCGCGCUUCUCCCCCCAUCUAUCCGAUAUAUCCUCGCAGUAGCUACUCACCGGAACCCGCGCUACCUUCUCCGCAUCCUCAAUUCCUACGACGAGAUUUACGCCCUUCUCUCCCUCCUCGUCGAACGAUACUACCUCCGCACCUUCGGCGGCUCCUUCACAGAGAACUUCUACUCCCUAAAGCGUGAACGAGUCCUCCUCACGAAGAAUGGCGAGAUCCCCCGCGCGCAAAUCGGCGCACCGGGCCCCGUCCGCGAUGCCCUCAAACUCCGCACGCGGGACGUCUGGAAGAACCUUCUGAUCAUGGUGGGCAUCCCGUACCUCAAGAGCAAGCUCGACGAAGGCUACGACAUCCACGCGGCGCCGCAAGCCUCACUGAUCAUGAGCGGCGGCCCGCGAUACAACCCUGCAGACGACCUGCCGGCGCGACCAACCCUCCGCCAGCGCCUCUUUCACUACUACAAAUGGUUCCUGCGCAACAUCUACCCGUCCAUCAACGCAGGCUACUACUUCUCCAUCCUAGCCUUCAACCUGGCCUACCUCUUCGACAACACAAAGUACUCCUCGCCGUUCCUCUGGCUGAUCGGCACGCGCAUCCGCCGCCUCAGCUCAGCAGACCACCGCGCCAUCGCCGCAGUCCUCGACCCCUCAAAGACACCAGGCCGAGCGACCGCCAGCGCCCGCUCGCGCCCCGGCGCCAGCCUGCUCGGCCUCCUGAGCCCGCAGAAUCUCUACCCUCAACUCCUCGCCUCCCUCCGCUACUUCCUUCCCGCCUCCAUCUUCGCCCUCAAAUUCCUCGAAUGGUACCACGCAAGCGACUUCUCGCGCCAGCUCACCCGCAAAGCCACCGAGGUCCUCGACCUCCCCGCCCCCGUCACAAACGGGAUGACCCCGCCGUCGCAACGGCCCAAGCCCCAGCCCGAAAAAGCAGCAACAGCAUCAUCAUCACCAUCACCCCCUCUCAAACCAGCCCUUAAGUCCUCCUCCCCCUCCUCCACCACCACCACUACUCCAGCGCAACAACACAACCACAAACAAUCGACCCAUACCCACCGCCAACCCCCAGUUUCCGCAUCUUCAUACCUCCCCAUCUUCACGGUCCCAAUCCCCACCGCCGACUCUGAUGUCGCACAGGCCUGCCCCAUCUGUCUGAAAGGCCUGGCCAACCCAACAGCAUGCCAGACGGGGUAUGUCUUCUGCUACGUGUGCGUGUUCCACUGGUUGAACGGGGAGCAUCAGCGGCAGAUUGAUUUCAUGGAUGGGGAGAGCAGCGCGGCGGGAGCGCCGUGGGAGGAGGUUGAUCUCGAGCUGGUUGCUGAGGCGAGGAAUGGCGAUGGAGACGCAGAUGCUGCAGGCGAGGGGCAGAGCAAGGGACGGAGCCGGAGGGGGAAGUGGGAGAGUGGGAGGGGGAGGUGUCCCGUCACGGGGCGGCGGGUGUUGGGCGGUACGGAGGGGUUGAGGAGGGUUUUGGUGUAG